AUGUGUCGGCCGGCUGCAGCUCUGCUCGUGGCUCUGGCUGCUUCUCUCUGCUGCGAAGCGAUGGACCAGCCGCUCAACAGCCGACCCAUCAUCGGGAUCUUGGCACAGGAAUCCCGUAAAGACGAACAGGCAACAAGGGGCUUUUCCUACAUCGCUGCUUCCUAUGUGAAAUACCUGGAGGCAGCCGGGGCCAGAGUCGUACCUGUCAGAGUAAAUCUCACAGAAGAAGAAUACACCAAGAUAUUCAACUCAAUAAACGGGUUGCUGCUGCCGGGAGGAAGUUCCAAUCUGCUGACGUCGCAGUACAGUCGUGCCGCCGGGAUUUUAUACAACUUGGCUCUGAGGGCUAACGAUGCUUCGGACUACUUCCCGGUCUGGGGAACUUGUCUGGGCUUCGAGCAGCUGACUGUGUUAACAGCGGAGAAACACCUGCUCACGCUCACUGACACCCAUGCUGUGGCUCUGCCGCUCAACUUCACACGAAGAGCUCGUUCCAGCCGUCUGUUUCGGAGUUUCCCCAAAGAUGUGCUGAGGUCUCUGACCGAGGAAAACAUCACGGCCAACUUCCACAAGUGGAGUCUGUCCACCAAGAACUUCAGCGCGAAUCCCACGCUGAAGAAGUUUUACAAGGUCCUGUCGACGAACCACGAUGGGAAACAAGAAUUCAUCUCAACUAUGGAAGCCUACCGGUAUCCAAUUUAUGGAGUUCUGUGGCAUCCGGAGAAAAACUCCUUUGAGUGGGUCGACAAACCGGGGAUGAUGCACUCCACCGCUGCAACAAGAGUCGCCUUCUACUCUGCCAGCUUCUUCGUCUCUGAAGCCAUGAAGAACAACCACAGUUUCCCGAGUCCGGAGGAGGAAGAGAAAGCGCUCAUCUACAACUUCUGUCCCGUAUUCAAAGGCAUGGACUCCGUCUUUGUUCAGAGCUAUUACUUUGAUUGA